AUGUCUGAAAAAAUUGCUUCUAAUCCAGCCGAAAAGCCAACUAAUGAGUCUACUCAAAAACCUCCAUCUGCUGCGGUUUUCUCAAUGUUUGGUGGUAAGAAGGAAGUAAAGAAAGAAGAAGUAAAGGAAGAGAAAGAAGAUGCUGGAGAUGACAAAAAAGCUAAAGCUGAAACUGAAGAAGAAGAAGAAACAGAUGUUCAUUUCGAGCCAAUAGUUCAUUUAGAAAAAGUUGAUGUCAAGACUAAUGAAGAAAAUGAAGAAGUAUUACAUAAAGUUAGAGCCAAAUUAUUUAGAUUUGAUGCUGAAAAUAAAGAAUGGAAAGAAAGAGGUACUGGGGAUUGUAAAUUCUUGCAAAAUAAAGAAACUAAGAAAGUUAGAUUAUUGAUGAGAAGAGAUAAGACUCUAAAGGUAUGUGCUAAUCAUAUUAUCUCUCCUGAAUAUCAAUUAAAGCCCAACGUUGGUUCAGACAGAUCUUGGGUAUACACAUGCACAGCAGAUGUAGCUGAAGGCCCUGCUGAGGCUUUUACCUUUGCCAUUAGAUUUGGUAAUAAAGAAAACGCUGAUAAAUUUAAGGAAGAAUUCGAAAAAGACUCAAAAAUUAAAUAA